AUGGAAUUCCCCCAGGAGUGGACGCCUCCCUCGAGCACCGUCUCCAACCACUCCAGCACCUUCGCCAACUCGAACUCUUACUUCACCCGGCCUCACAAGAUUGUCAAACCCAGCAGUCGGAAUGGGAGCCCACGUGCAUUGGCGCGGAGAAAGACCACGACCUCGUCCACCAUCUCAUCCAGGACGAGAUCCGUGGUCGAUCAACUUCGCUCCAAUGCUCAACAACAGUCAUGCACUCAACAAAAUUCGACUCGUUCACGACCAGUCAGCUGGCAUCCUCAUUCCAUCGACCUUGCAAAUACCCCUUCACCAUUUCUUCUGGACCAGCCCUAUCCAACUUGUCCACAGUUUGUCACCAGCCAAGUCCAUGGCCUCAUCACUCCCGUCACAUUUCCUGUCGUCAAUGAACCUCAAAUACACGAGCUCAUUACCCCCUUGGACGAAUAUCCUGGCCAGGAGUCAGCCUAUCCCUACCAAAGCCAGAUGUACGACUCUUCGGCAUGGUUUUCUCGCCCUGAAGUCAAGCCCGACCACUUAGAUAUUCCCAUGUAUCAACAAACCAAUCUCAUGGAUUCAUCAUGGCAGUUCCCUCAACCAAUGCCCUCUACAGUGCCAACUGCUCCCUCGUCUCCAGAGUAUCCACCUGCGAUCUCCCUGGACAAGAUGACCCUAGGCUCGGACGGUCCUGACUCCAAGUCGCAAGGCGAGGAGUUGGUGGGCAUGGGUUUAUACGAUUCGCCUGCCGAUGUACAUUCGACUUCCUUAUUUGGAGGAUUCAGUGCCACCCAGAGGAAGAGUCUCAAGCUGGAAGAAUCAUUCGAGCCGGAGGUGCGAGAGGAAGGAGAUGAGGUGGACGCGGAAAGUGAGGAAGAGGAGGAGGACGAAGCCGACGACGACGAUUCAUUUCAAAUACCCGCUAAGACACCCUACUACUCCCAGUCCAUCGCCAGUCACUUUUCUUUGCAGUCUGAACCAACCCAAGACUCGAUUGCCUCACGAUAUCUGGCAUCAUUGGGCCAAAUCAACAGCCCUUAUUAUCCCUCCAACCAAGAUCAUGGCUGGAUAUGA